AUGCGACCUGUCAGUGUCUGGCAGUGGAGCCUGUGGGGGCUGCUGCAGUGCCUGCUGUGCAGCUCGUGCCUGGGAUCUCCAUCCCCAUCCACGGCCCCUGAGAAGAGGGCUGGGAGCCAGGGGCUACGGUUCCGGCUGGCCGGCUUCCCCAGGAAGCCCUUCGAGGGCCGCGUGGAGAUCCAGCGGGCUGGCGAAUGGGGCACCAUCUGCGAUGACGACUUCACACUGCAGGCUGCCCAUGUCCUAUGCCGGGAGCUGGGCUUCACAGAGGCCACAGGCUGGACCCACAGUGCCAAAUACGGCCCUGGAACAGGCCGCAUCUGGCUGGACAACCUGAGCUGCAGUGGGACUGAGGAGAGUGUGACUGAAUGUGCCUCCCGGGGCUGGGGGAACAGUGACUGUACCCACGAUGAGGAUGCCGGGGUCAUCUGCAAGGACGAGCGCCUCCCCGGCUUCUCGGAUUCCAAUGUCAUUGAGGUAGAGCAUCACCUGCAAGUGGAGGAGGUACGACUUCGACCAGCCGUUGAGCGGGGCAGGCGGCCCUUGCCCGUGACUGAGGGACUGGUUGAAGUCAGGCUUCCAGACGGCUGGUCGCAAGUGUGUGACAAAGGAUGGAGCGCCCAUAACAGUCACGUGGUCUGCGGGAUGCUGGGCUUCCCUAGCGAAAAGAGGGUCAACGUGGCCUUCUACAGAAAGUUGAGGAAGCGAGCGGCCAAAGCCUCGGCCCGACGCUCCAAGCCCCUUGGAAGACCAAUCAUCAAGCUUAAAGCCAAACUCAAACCCCGAGUGGGCAGGGGGCCAAUCAAGAGGCUGCUGGCCCAGCGGCAGCAACACUCCUUUGGUCUGCGUGGGGUGGCGUGCGUGGGCACGGAGGCCCACCUCUCUCUCUGCUCCUUGGAGUUCUAUCGUGCCAAUGACACCACCAGGUGCCCUGGGGGGGGCCCUGCGGUGGUGAGCUGUGUGCCAAGCCCUCUCUACGCAGCGUCCAGUGGCCAGAAGAAGCAACAGUCAAAGCCUCAGGGGGAGGCCCGAGUGCGAUUAAAGGGUGGAGCCCACCCAGGAGAGGGCCGGGUAGAAGUCCUAAAGGCUGGCACGUGGGGCACAGUCUGUGACCGCAAGUGGGACCUGCAGGCAGCCAGCGUGGUGUGUCGGGAGCUGGGCUUCGGGAGUGCUCGAGAGGCUCUGAGCGGUGCCCGCAUGGGGCAGGGCAUGGGUGCCAUCCAUUUGAGUGAAGUUCGAUGCUCUGGCCAGGAACCCUCCCUCUGGAAGUGCCCCCACAGGAACAUCACAGCUGAGGACUGUUCCCAUAGCCAAGAUGCUGGAGUCCGAUGCAACCUGCCCUACACUGGGGUAGAGACCAAGAUCCGACUCAGUGGGGGCCGCAGCCGACAUGAAGGGCGAGUCGAGGUGCUAACAGGAGGACCUGGGUCCCUUCGCUGGGGCCUCAUCUGUGGGGAUGACUGGGGGACACUGGAGGCCAUGGUUGCCUGCAGGCAACUCGGACUGGGCUAUGCCAACCAUGGCCUGCAGGAGACCUGGUACUGGGACUCAGGGAAUAUAACAGAGGUGGUGAUGAGUGGAGUGCACUGCACAGGGACUGAGCUGUCCCUGGACCAAUGUGCUAAUCAUGGCACCCAUGUCGCCUGCAAGAGGACAGGAAGCCAUUUCACUGCUGGAGUCAUUUGUUCUGAGACAGCGUCAGAUCUGCUGCUGCACUCAGCACUGGUGCAGGAGACCGCAUACAUUGAGGACAGGCCUCUGCACAUGUUGUACUGUGCUGCUGAAGAGAACUGCCUGGCUAGCUCGGCCCGCUCAGCCAACUGGCCUUACGGCCACCGGCGUCUGCUCCGAUUCUCCUCCCAGAUCCACAACCUGGGACGCGCUGACUUCAGGCCCAAGGCUGGGCGCCACUCCUGGGUGUGGCAUGAGUGUCAUGGGCAUUAUCACAGUAUGGACAUCUUCACUCACUAUGAUAUCCUGACCCCCAACGGCACCAAGGUGGCUGAGGGCCACAAAGCUAGUUUCUGUCUAGAAGACACCGAGUGUCAGGAGGAUGUCUCCAAGAGGUAUGAGUGUGCCAACUUUGGAGAGCAGGGCAUUACUGUGGGUUGCUGGGAUCUCUACCGGCAUGACAUCGACUGUCAAUGGAUUGACAUCACAGAUGUGAAGCCAGGAAACUACAUUCUGCAGGUGGUCAUCAACCCCAAUUUUGAAGUAGCAGAAAGUGACUUCACCAACAAUGCAAUGAAAUGUAACUGCAAAUAUGAUGGACAUCGCAUCUGGGUGCACAACUGCCACAUUGGUGAUGCCUUCAGUGAAGAGGCCAACAGGAGGUUUGAACGCUACCCUGGCCAGACCAGCAACCAGAUCAUCUAAGGUGCCACCACCCUCCUCUGCAGACCACAACUGGCCCCCAAUGGCAGGGGUCUGAGGCUGCCAUUACCUCAGGAGCUUACCAAGGAAUCCUUGACGUCAGCAGGCCCACAGCACUCAUCCACUGUGCACUGUGGGUGUAGAGCUGUCAAGCAGAAGUUCCUGCCCUCCUUUUACGCCAGCUGUCUGGAUCUGUGGCCAGGCAUGGGAAAUUUUGCUCCCAGGCCCAGCACCAAACCAAGCAUGCCACAAAGAGGCGCACCUGAUUGACUGCCCAGAAAAACAGACAGCAGCAGCUCGUUUUCUUAAAUAGGGAGGUCAGAACGGUCAACUCCAAUAUCUCCUCUCAGUUCAGGGAGAUACGGCUUUACCUCUAGCCUUUUUGUGGUGGGGCGGGGGGCGGGGGGGGUGGGGAGAGAGCAGUGCACCACCCUUCCCCUCAUUUUUGAGUAUAACAUGUUGCUAGGUAUAAUUUUAUUUUAUAUAAAAAGUGUUUUUGUGA